AUGGCUACUGAAGCGGGCAUUACUGUCGAAGAUGUGACCGUAGUUCGCGGCGGCCACACCGCGCUCACCGACAUCACAUUCUCGGUCGGCGGCGGAACUCUGAUGGGCGUCUUGGGCCCCAAUCGGCGCGGGCAAGAGUUCUUUGUUCGGCGCAAUCGCCGGUACGCUCCCCAUCGCAAAGGGCACAGUUACCCUGCACGGGGGGGCAUCGCGCCGCAGCGGCUUGCGUAUGUCCCACAGCGCGACAGCAUUAACUGGGUGUUUCCGGCAACUGUUAUCGACGUGGUGACAAUGGGGCGCGGCUGGAACAUCGGCUGGCUGCGUCAACAGGGCAGCAAGGACAAGGAGAUGGUGCGGCUCUGCCUCGAGCGCGUCAACCUGUGGGAACACCGCAAUGACCUUGUCACCGAACUAUCCGGCGGUCAGCGCCAGAGGGUGUUCAUCGCCCGCGCGCUGGCUCAGGAGGCAAGCGUCAUUCUGCUCGACGAAGCAUUCAGCGGUGUGGAUGUCGGCGCGCAAGAGGGCAUCGUGGAGGUCCUUCGCUCACUGCGAGACGAAGGCAAGAUUGUGCUCCUGGCUACGCAUGACCUCACGAACCUAGCCGAACGAUUCGACAGCGUGCUCUGCAUCAACCACCAUGUCUGCGCCUACGGCCCCCCCGACGAAGCAUUCACGCCCGAAGUGCUUGAAGAGAUGUACGGCUCCCACGGCAUCGAAUUCGCUCCCGGACACUUCACUCACCGCCAUCACCCAUAG